AUGGGUUAUGUGUCAGUCAAGGUGCACAAUUCGGCAUUGCGCAUUAUACAGUUGCUAAUGUGCUUGGCCCUUAUAGUGCCGCCACGCCCUUAUCCGCAGCUAAGGCUGCUGUACACCGGCGCUAUGUUAGUUUAUCUGGGCCUCAUAUUCCGCUGGCGUAUCGCUUUUAAUUACACCGUGGACUACGAUCGACUGAAUGAUCCUCUGUCGUAUGUACUUGACUUAGUUAAUUUUAUGGCAUUGGUUGUCAGCCAUAUGGUGGUGUCCUUCGAACUGAUCUGGCAGAACCGCAGCAAUCAAAUUGAGAAACAGUUUUCACACAUACAACACGUGCUCUGCGAGAGGACUGGCCAUAAGCUGAAUACCCGAUCCAAUCGUCUAAAGACGAACAUAGUUUUUAUAUUAUUAUUGCUGCGCGUAUUGAUGCUGCUGGGCACCACAGUUUACAACAAUUCGAGAGCGAACACCUCACUGCUGCUCAUCAGCAACUUCUAUUCGCAAAUAGUGCUUAUAUUGCGCUGCAACGAGUUCACAUUGCAUUCAGCUUUUGUCCUGACUAUCUACCAGGAGCUGCAUGACGCUGCUUCAAGUGUUAUUUUAAAACUAGAGAGUUCUCGCUACGAGACCUGGUCCCUGCGCCGUCUGGCCCUGAAACACAUCGCCACGUUGCAACAAUUGCACCUGCUGCUCUGGCAGAUACAACGCGACAUCGAGAGAAACUUUGAGCGAAGCCUCGUGAUGCUGAUGCUGAAAUACUUCAUAGACACCUCGGUGCUUCCAUACUGGGCGUAUGUGAAAAAAAUUCACACGAACAAUGUUCCAAUGCAGAUCUGGUGUCUUACGGAGGAGCUGGGCAUACUGUUGGAGAUAAGUAUACCCUGUUGGUUCUGGACCCGUUGCGAGCAAUUGCAGCGCAAGUUUCGAGCUGUUUUUCAUGUAAUUUCGGUAGAUCGUCGCAACGAGCAGCUAAAUACUGCCUUGCUAAGAAUCUCAGCGCAACUUGGCCAGGAAUCUUGUCAGUUUAGAGUUGGCGGACUGGUCCCGAUAAAUAAUAAUAUGCUGGGCAAAUUUCUGUUCGGAGUGCUGAGCUAUACUUUGAUCUGCAUUCAGUUUUGGAUAACCUACACCGUAAAGACGAGAGGCGACGCAGAAGUCGAUGAAACUAGCGUUGAGCAGUCUCGUUUAAAUAAAACGCAUACAUCCUGA